CCGGAAAAGACAAAUCAACAGCGGAACGACACAGUUUCAUGCGACACUUGUCCUGAAACGCCAAUUAGACGAGUUCGGCUCAUAACAACCACCGUGUGCUGCCCUGGUGACGUCAGGCGCUAACAUGCGCUGCUGCGGCGGCGUCACUGUCAGUUAACGUCAAGAGAGUUUACCUUCUCUUUUUUUUUUUUCAUUGAAAAAAAGUGGUGAGGUUUUGCUGCAGCGCCGCAGAGUGAGACCUCCUUCGUUCGCCCUUCACCUGUGUGAUUGCAGAACAUGAGCAAAGACUCCAGAAUGAGAGCAACAAUAAACCAGAAGCUGACAGAGAUGGGCGAAAGAGACAGACUGAAGGAGUUACUGAGAGCUAAGCUCACUGAGUGCGGUUGGAAGGACCAGAUGAAGGCUCACUGCAAAGAAGUAAUCAAAGAAAAAGGCCUGGAGCAUGUCACCGUUGAGGACCUGGUGGUAGAGAUCACUCCUAAAGGAAGAGCCUUGGUGCCAGACAGCGUCAAGAAGGAGCUCCUCCACAGAAUACGAGCCUUUUUAUCUCAGCAUGCCACAUAACUUUAACUACUAACUAACACCGUUUGCACAUUUCAUCAGACCCCCUUGCCCUUACUAUCAUACUUUAAUAAAUUGAUUUGCUGACACACAAUUGGCUAUUUUUUAAUGUUUUUACCUGUGGCGACAGUUGUCACGUACCUGUAAAUGCACUUAACCUGCACAUUCAGCUGACCUUUGUUCAUGAGAAAUAAAGUUUUUUUGAUGUA